AUGGAUCCAGUAGCCUGCGCACGCGUGCGAAUCUUGAAAAGUCAAAGGCUAAUUCAGCGUUUAGACCAGCCGGACCAAAGCACGCAUUCAUUGGCCGACAGAUCAAGGGGCCCGUCCGUCGUGGAUGAGCAGGACUGGGUGGCGUCAGGGCGCCUGUCACAAGCACGGACCACGUGUUGUCUGAUUCGACUUCAGGUCGAAGGCGUGGUGGAAGGCAUUGUUCGUGAUUUGAUUGCCAAAUUGAGCAUCCAACUCACAAAGCUUUGGAUUCGGUCCCUUGGCGGAACAUAUCAAAACCAUGUCGGCUCGACCACGACCCACAUUUGUAUCGAUCCAAGCCAAUACUACUCCUCGAGCCAUGAUGUCAGGAGGGCGAGGGAGAGGCAUAUCUUUCUUGUCACUUUGGGCUGGCUACAAGAUUCUUACGCCCUUGGCAAGUUCGUGGAUAGUUGUGAUUACGACCUUGCUGAGUUGUGCGGACAUGCCGCCCCGUUGCGUGGGUGUGUGAUUGCCUUCACAUCCAGCUAUCCGCGACCUCGUGGCAUUUAUGGCUUCAAGCUUGUCGAGGACAAUAUUGUCAGCUUGGGAGGGCUGUGCGAUCAAGAUAGUGAGCCUAUUCACACCCUGACACACCUUUGCGCGACCGAAGAGGAGAUUCGCCAUCAGGGCAUUUACGUCAGAAAUGUCCUUCAUCGGGCGAGGAGCGAGGAGGACAAGUCACUGUAUCUCGUCAACCACCAGUGGCUUGCGGAAUGCCUGCGUCAGGGAAGAAGGGUGGAAGAAGACCUCGAUGCCCUGCCGCUGACUUGGUGA